GUGAGGACUUAAAAAUACAGAGGGCUUCUGGGGAAGCUGCCAGACGACCGAUAAGGGACUUAGGGCGCGGAGGGCAGGAGAGACUGUGAUUUAGUUUGGUUUGCAGGAAUAGGUGAUUGCUUUCCUCUUUUUAAAGACCAGAUGCAGAGCAUUCAGCCUCGGGCCUCUGGUUGCCCAGGGAUUGUGGGGUCUGGGUGUGUGUAGGGGGAUAUUGGCCCUCUCAAUCCUGAGCUGAGAAGAGAGAAGCAGCCACUUGUGGCGCUGGAGGGGGGCCCCUGGAGGCACAGGUAGAUGCCCUCGAAGCAGGCCCGGAAUGGGUGCCUGAAGGGACUCCUAGGCUGCGUAGCCAGAGAAGUUCUCGGCCAGCACCCACGGCACUAAGAGCCUAUUCUCAAAGGAAAAAUUCCCCAAACUCACCCAGACUAAAGGUCUUUUUCUCCUGUAGUCUUGGCGGGGUAUAAAUCAUCCCUUAGACAGUUUGCUCUGACCCAAAUUAUGCGGUUUGCUGCCACCUACCGUCCGUUUGGAGACAUGCGGCUUCGGCGCCGAAUGCCCCGCGACACUGCCUGAACCAUGCCCGACGACUGGAGCCCCCGCCGCUCUGGUUCGGCGGGAUUCUGGGGACGUCGGCCCAGAUUGACGCUUUCCGCUGGAUCUUGGUUCCCGCCUGCCCGCGUGUGCAUUGGAGAACAAGCGUCCCCUCCCCCUUGUCAGCCUCAGCCCAGCUCCAAACCUGGCGGCUGGCUGAGGGAAGCGGCUUUUUCUAGGGCAUAUUUAAAAAGGACUAAUACUUCAUCCCGCGGGCAGGGGGCCCUGAAUCAAAGGAUUGGGGGAUCAGAGUCGAGAGCCCUCUCCCCGCUAUCCCCCUCCAAGAUCAAGAGGGGAUCACCAGGGCCGCUAGGGAGAUCCGAGGCCAAGGCUGUUCAAGGUUUAUUUGGUUUUCUUUUCGGCUAAGGGGGGGGGGGGUCCCGGGUCCCGCAGGGGAGGCGCUGGCCCGGGCAGUUCCACUCCGUUGUCAAAAGACAAACCGAGUCUGUGUUCUCCGGGUUGGGUGGUGGGUCUCGCCAGUUUCUUGGCCAUUUGAGUCUGUGGUGAAGGAAUUGAGCCGAGUUUUCUGGAAACUGUUGGUGUCUUGCAAGUGAGUGUGGGUCCCCUUCCCCAUUCCCGAUCAUUUCAAGCGAAAUCGACACAAAUAUGCUUUGGGAAAAAACGGGGAGUGGGAGUGGGGAUCAAUCAGUAAGGAACCCAACCAUUGUAAUUUCCGUUCCUGCCGGACCCCUCACACCCGCUUAAGGCGACUGCUUUCCCAGAAGCGGGUGGCGAGGGCGGGGGUACGCGCCGCUGCCGCCGAGUUUGAAUAUUGGCCCCUGUUUCACGGGUUACUGAUUAGCUCGGGCUUUCAAGCCGCAGGAGGAAGCUCUGGCCGCCCCUUUCAAGGUGCUGUGGCCCCAGUUCCUGGGCGGGGGCUCCAGGAAAUUGCCUGCGGUGCCAGGCAGGCCGAGGUGUUAGUAGGGUCUGGCCCGGAGCUGGAGGAGCUGCCGAGGUCGAGGGGCCCAGCGGUACUGGGGGCAAACGCGGGGGCUGCGGCCCGGAGCCUUUGGCGCCUCGCGAGUCUGGGCCGCAGGAGCAGCCUUUUCAGCUCUUAAGCAGAGAGUGACUUUCUGGCGGCUAGAAGGCCCGGCCCAGUGCCGGAGGCCCCGAGGGAGCGCUCUCCGAAGGUCUUGGGCCCCUCGGAGGUUUUUUCUUGUGGACAAUCCGAAGGACAGAUGGGGAGGGGAAGGCGGCUGGUAUAGAGGAUUGAAACCCUUAAGGGCUCUUAGGGUGCCCAAGGACCUGGGGAGAGGGAGCUGAACUGUCACUGCUCCCCCCUCCAUCAGAGAAGAUGCCGUUCAUUUGCAUAAUGGAAAUGUCUUUGUACUGUGCUUUGGACUGGCCAGUUUUAAGGCAAUGUUCUCUCUAAACAGCUCUCAAAGAGUGGGAGAGGCCACACUGCUCCCUCUGGGAACAUUUGUGUUCCCCAAAACCAGAGAAUCACAGAGUCUAGGGGAAGAACUGGGUUGAGAUGUUUGAAUUCACCCCACCCCAAUCACAGUUGGGAGUGGGGUGGGGGAAGGUGCCCACAGUCCUAAGAGCUGGGGGUGGGGGGAGCUUUGCAGCUGAGAGGAAGUGGGAAGCCUGGACAAUGUCUCAAUUCUCUCCCCUCCACACACCUACUGGCAAAUAUCCUCCCUGAUAUUACCGGUGCAGGAGAAUUUUACUCCAGAGCUGAACACAACUUACACUUUUCUCUGGGAGCUGGAAUGUGUGUACGUCCACAGGACCACAGAGUCACAGCUCAGAAAAUUACAAUUAUAAAUCCUGCCUGUGAGAUUUCUAUGCAAUCCUUCUGUUGUGUACUCGAGACUUAGGACACAUUUAUAUCCACCUCUCCAUACACACACUUCCUCGUUGAGCAGGGGGAGACACCCCAGACCUGCCGAUGGCUGUGCCCACUGUGUAUUUACAUAUUCCCCCUUGGAGACAGACAGACGGCAGUGGACGGAACCACAGACAGAUUCAUAGAGAUCUGGCUCCAGAAGCCAGGCGGCCUCUGGCCCGGCCCUGCCUGCCUGCUCUUUCUCCCAAACAAACGGAUCAGACGAAUAAACGCUCAUAAAUACCUCUGGGCUUAGAUAAGAGCGAUGAGGCGCUAUUUCCUUUCAUGCCGGACUCCAGGCGCCCAGGCUCUGCCUUUGCGGCUCCAUCUCACGACAGGCAACCUGCAGAGGUGAGGUUAAUUUGGGGCUAUGACUCUAAAGAUAAGGCGAUUAUUCUCGUGCUUCUGUCACAGGGGAAGACUUCCUCCCUCACCAAAUCUUAUGUUAUCCAGGCUUCAUGGAAAAGCCCACACCAUCCAGUCCUAGUAUGAGGACAUUGUGGCCAGAGAGGAGGCACAGAGGACUGAGGCCCAAGGCCCCACCUCAGUAGCAAGGAGGAGGGAGGUACACAAGGCACUCUCCCCACCUUGCUCCUCCAGCCCAAAUGUUCCCCAUUCCUCUCCAGGAGUGGGCCUAACCACAGCUGGAUUAGAGCACUUAUGACUCUCCGUCAUUAGGAGGCUUGAGUUUAUUUUCUUAAAUCUUGACAAAACCUCCCAAAGAGUUGGGCUAGGAAGUGGUUGAUGGGACAACUGGGAAUAGCCACUUAGCCAUGAAGUUGCAGCCCAGAAGUUGUCCUGAGUUCAGGGAGCCUUGGAGGCCACUGUGCAAGCAACCAAGUUCCCACCCUUGGUCACCAACUUCAGCCCUCUACCUCUUUUCCUAAUGUCUUGUGCCAUCUUCAGUGGGCAGAAUUGUCCCAUAAAAAGGAGCCCAAAGAACAAGUCAGAGAAGGGUCAGCCCAGCCCCUUCAUCAUCAGGUUUUGUCUCCCACCCUGGCCCAUUCCUGGCCCCAGGUCCGAAGGUUGUCACCCUUUAUGCCUGGCCUCCACGUGCACAUUAGAAUGUUGAAAAUACACCAUGGCUGAGUCUUCCAGCCUGCCUCCAAUGCUCAUUUUCCUUAGAUGAGAGAGAGAGAGAGUCAGAGAUGUACACACUCUCUCACACCAAAGCUUGUAGGCAGCAAGCUGGUGACACAAACAUGAGAUGUGGUAGGGAUUGUAGAGAUGCUGAGAGACAAACAGAAGGGUAGUGAGCAUCUGGAGAGGGGAUAUGGAAUGAUAGUUGUAAGCUGCCUACUGCAACCCCAGGAGGACCCAACCCCCCUCCCUCCUUAUAAAAACUAAACAAAAACCAAGUCUUGAGAAAGAAUUAAUUUUAAAAAGAACUGUCAGCUUCUGGAGAGACCUGGAAAAGGAGCAAGGGCUCCUCUCUUCCCGUUGGUCUCUGAUUGUCUCCAAUAUCAGGAGGGUUUGAGGACCCAGAACUGGAGGAGGGAACAAUUUCUUCCCUGAACCCAGACUUACUGAAACACCUUUGAUUCCUAAGAAUCUAUAGCCCAGUAUAUUCUAAUGUCUUUUGGGGUAGGAGGUGGGGUGGAGGGAGGGUUGCAGGCAGGAUAGGGAUCAGACAACCUAGGUUGGAGGAUGCCUUUCACCCCUCCUCUCCCUAUCCCCCUCUUCCCGGUGCCCCUUCCUGUGCCAAGAGCAAGCAGUACAUACUAGAACCAGGCAAGAUGUCUUGGGCAGCGGCAGCGGUAGCCUUCCCAGAAGCUCCUAGCCUAGCUGCACAACCAGAGGGAGAAGCUUAGCCUCAGACCCUGCUCCCAUUUCCCAGCCUUCUGGGUCCUCUGGGCAGCAGGCUCUGGCCUGUCUCUCAGACCAUAAGAGCUGCAGAGAAGCAGGAAUAAUAAAUCCAGGCUUGGAGGAGAUGGAGUAGAUCUGAGAAACAGGAAAAACGUUUUUCAAAACCUGAGGAGGAGAGGGUUUCUUCUUUGCUUCUCGCUUUCUGAAAACAAUGCUGAUCAGUGGAGAACUCUUCUCCCCUUCUACCAGUACAAAACCCGAGAAACCAGCCUUCUCCUUUAGUUCUCUUCUAAGGAGAUUGAGGUUCAAGAUUCGGAGACAUUUACCCACCUUCCCUGGAGGGAAUAACCCCUGCCUUGCCUAACCCCAAGCAAGGCAGGGGUUAACUUUUCUGAAAACGCAAUUAACUUUUUCCUAUUCUGCGUGGGGAGGGGAGGGAUAUAUUUAUUUGAUCACUGGGGGAUGGGGUGGUAUCAGUCCAAGUGCUCCCUCCUCCCUCAAAGGCACAGACUCCUCUUUCGCAGAUCCUACGUAGGUGGAACAGGACGCGUUGUGCUGUUGGGGAGAGAGAGAGAAAGCAGAAGGAGAAGAAGGAGGGGAAAAAAAGGUUGAUAGGUUUGUGCGCGGGUCCCUAGCGCGGGCUGCGCUCCUCCUGGGUGCUAUUUGACAAUUCCUGCCUCUGCCAUUGGUCAGUGUUGGAUCAGAUGGUUGUAUUUCCUUCUGGCCCUCACUGGCACCUCGCCAUCCCCCCUCAGCUAAAACCCAAUCUCAGAUAUACUACUAAUAGGCGCGGCGCUCGGACUAUAAAACACAACAAAUCAUAAACCCGGCGGAGCAGCAGCGGCCGCGCGCGCCUCCCCUCCCAAUGAGUUCCUAUUUCGUGAACUCCACCUUCCCCGUCACUCUGGCCAGCGGGCAGGAGUCCUUCCUGGGCCAGCUCCCGCUCUACUCGUCGGGCUAUGCGGACCCGCUGAGGCACUACCCCGCGCCCUACGGGCCCGGGCCCGGCCAGGACAAGGGCUUUGCAGCUUCCUCCUAUUACCCGCCGGCCGGCAGCGGCUACGGCCGGGCGGCGCCCUGCGACUACGGGCCGGCGCCGGCCUUCUACCGCGAGAAGGAGUCGGCCUGCGCGCUUUCGGGUGCCGACGAGCCGCCCCCGUUCCACCCGGAGCCGCGGAAGUCCGACUGCGCGCAGGACAAGAGCGUGUUCGGUGAGGCGGAGGAGCAGAAGUGCUCCACCCCGGUCUACCCCUGGAUGCAGCGGAUGAAUUCAUGCAACAGUUCCUCCUUUGGGCCCAGUGGCCGGCGAGGCCGCCAGACCUACACGCGCUACCAGACACUGGAGCUGGAGAAGGAGUUUCACUACAAUCGCUACCUGACGCGGCGGCGGCGCAUCGAGAUCGCGCACGCCCUGUGCCUGACGGAAAGGCAGAUCAAGAUCUGGUUCCAGAACCGGCGCAUGAAGUGGAAAAAGGAGAGCAAACUGCUCAGCGCGUCUCAGCUCAGUGCCGAGGAGGAAGAAGAAAAACCAGCUGAAUGAAGGCGCUGGAAGGGGGCGGGGGGACGCGAAGGGAGAGGCCUUUGGGGAGCCAAGGGCAUCGGAGAGCCCCGAGAAGGCUCUGCGGGCGGGGGAGCCUGGGGACCUGCUCUCCAGCGCGCGACAGGCGGGGCCACUGCUCUCCUGGACGCCCCCGCCCGCAGAGCUCUCGCUGGGCGCUGGGAGGCCGCGCUGCCUGAGCCCAGCCAGCACCCCAGCGCCCCCUCCAUCCCCGUGGAACCUCCUGAGCCCAAAGAGGCUCCCCCGUGAGAACUGAGGACCGGACUCACUUGAUGUUUCCUGGAAGCAGAGCAAAAUGCUCUCGUCCGUGUCGCGUCUCAUUUCGUCCAUGUCCCCCGUGCACGGUUCAAUGGUAGAUUCGCAGUCCCCUCAGCGGGGGCCUCGAAGACUCCCUGACCCCAGACCUCUCUCCCAGCCCCUCCCCAAAGCCACUGGAAAGAGCACAUACUACCUAGAAGUAAGAAGAGGAGCCUCAGAAGAAAACAAAGUUCUAUUUUAUUAAUUUUCUAUGUGUUGUGUUUGUAGUCUUGUCUUAGCUCUGGACGUGAAAUACUUC